ACCAAAAAUAUAACCUCCACUUUCCUACAGAAGAAAUUUGAAUUUUUGAUUUAGGUGCCGGCAUGAUUACACGCAUCUCAGAAUCACCAGAUUUGAAACGUAAACCAGGAAUAAAAAACACAAGUUAAAAAAAUUUUGUGUCUUUCUUUUUAAUAUUUUCAAAUCAACUUCCCCAAUUUACAAUUCCUCUGAAUUCAACACUAGUAGAAAGAGGAGAGAGAAAGAGAAACCAUUGCAAAAUAAGCUGCUAAAUCCUACACGCCUUGGAUUUCCUCAACUCUACUCUUCCCUCAUUUUCUACUCAUUCUUUCUAGUUUUAUAUAAUUUCCCUAGUUACAUUUUCAACAAUCUACUCAGUUUUUUCACUGUUCUUUGCUUUUUGCUGGAUUUUUGCUUCUGGGUAUAAGAAUUAUCCUGAUUUUGUGGGUAAUUUUUGAAGCAAAUUGCUGUAAUUUUUGCUGGUGAAACCCAGGUUCUAUUUGUUAACUGUCAGAUUGUGAAUUCUGAGAUCUGUUUCAAAAGAUUUAGUUCUAAUUUGGUCCAAACAGAGGUUGAUUUUUUGGUGGGUAUUUGAUCAAGGCAAUAUUUGAGACUCCAAAUUUGAGACUACUGAAAGGUUGAAGAAGGUCCCCUAUUGUGCUCACCAGAUAAGUGAUCGAAGUGGGUCCUUUCUGAUAAAGUUUGAUAAUUGAAGUCCCUUUGUUGAAAGAAAGCAAGCUCUUUUUUGAGGAAUUAUUGAUCUUUUAGCAUAAUAUGGCACCUGCUGGGACUCAUUCAUCCUCAGGAUCGAGGAAUUCGUCGGGUAAGAAGGCGCCCAAGGGCCGGGUACCACCUUCUUUUAACUCUAUUAAAUCGUUGCCCGCCGGAAUUAGGUUGAUGGAGUCAUCUGAGAAGGAGGGGCAAUCAAAUGGGGGUGAUUCUGACUAUAAUAACUUAGAGGGGGUUGAAUAUGUUGCUGGCCAAGGGGAGCAGGUUAAUGAUGAUUCACCUUAUGGGGAGAGGGCUGUGCCUGUGUUGGAUGAAGAUUCUGAAAUCGGUUCUUCGCCUUUGCCUUCGGUCCCGUCUAUUGCUGACUCAAAAUGGAAUGACACUGCUUCUUAUGCAAAGAAGAAGAAUGUUCAGGCUUGGUACCAACUCUCUGAUGGGAACUGGGAGCUUGGAAAGAUCAUAUCUGCUUCGGUAACAGAAAGUAUCAUUUCUCUACCAGAAGGAAAGGUUUUAAAGGUGCAAAAUGAUUGCUUAUUACCAGCAAACCCUGAUAUCCUUGAUGGCGUGGAUGAUCUAAUGCAACUAAGUUAUCUGAGUGAACCAACAGUUCUGUACAAUCUUCAAUACAGAUAUGAUAGAGAUAUGAUUUAUACUAAAGCAGGCCCUGUGUUAGUUGCCAUCAAUCCUUUCAAGAAAGUUCAACUAUAUGGAAAUGAAUAUAUUGAAGCAUAUCAGCGUAAAUCCAUUCAGAAUCCGCAUGUGUAUGCAAUUGCAGACACAGCCCUUCGGGAAAUGAAACGAGAUGAAGUGAAUCAGUCUAUUAUCAUAAGUGGUGAGAGUGGAGCAGGAAAAACGGAAACAGCAAAGAUAGCUAUGCAGUAUUUAGCUGCAUUAGGAGGUGGUAGUGGAAUAGAGUACGAAAUAUUAAAAACAAAUCCCAUUUUAGAAGCUUUUGGCAAUGCUAAGACUUUACGAAAUGACAACUCAAGUCGAUUUGGAAAAUUGAUUGAGAUCCUCUUCAGCGAGACUGGGAAAAUUUCUGGGGCAAAGAUCCAAACUUUCCUACUUGAAAAGUCCAGAGUGGUGCAAUGUGCUAAAGGUGAACGUUCGUACCAUAUAUUUUAUCAACUUUGUGCUGGAGCUCCAGCUGCACUUAGAGAAAAAUUAAAUUUGAAGAGUGUUGAGGAUUACAAAUACCUGAUGCAGAGCAGUUACACCAUUACGGGUGUGGAUGAUGCUGAACAAUUUCGUAUUGUUACGGAAGCUUUGGAUGUAGUUCAUGUCACAAAGGAUGACCAAGAGAGUGCAUUCGCAAUGCUUGCUGCGGUCUUGUGGCUAGGAAAUGUCUCUUUUACGAUCAUUGACAAUGAAAAUCAUGUAGAACCUGUGGCCGAUGAGGCUCUGCUUACUGUGGCAAAAUUGAUUGGUUGUGAAGUUAAGGAGUUACAGCUUGCUUUGUCUACAAGAAAAAUGAAAGUUAGAAAUGACAUAAUUGUUCAGAAGCUGAAGCUAUCUCAGGCAAUUGAUACUCGUGAUGCAUUGGCGAAAUCUAUCUAUUCCUGCUUGUUUGAUUGGCUCGUAGAACAAAUCAACAAGUCUCUUGGUGUUGGAAAAAGGCGUACUGGAAAAUCCAUCAGCAUUCUCGACAUAUAUGGUUUUGAAUCAUUUGAAAGAAAUAGCUUUGAGCAGUUCUGCAUCAAUUAUGCAAAUGAGAGACUGCAGCAGCACUUCAAUCGUCAUCUGUUCAAAUUAGAGCAGGAGGAAUAUAUUCAAGAUGGAAUUGAUUGGACAAAAGUUGAAUUUGAAGACAACCAAGCUUGUCUUAAUCUGUUUGAAAAGAAACCUCUUGGGCUGCUGUCUCUACUUGAUGAGGAGUCCACCUUUCCGAAUGGCACAGACCUUAGUUUUGCUAAUAAGCUUAAGCAGCAUUUGAAGUCCAACUCAUGUUUCAAAGGAGAGCGUGAGAAAGCUUUUACUGUGUCUCAUUAUGCAGGAGAGGUUUCAUAUGAUACAACAGGAUUUUUGGAGAAGAACAGAGAUUUGAUGCACUUGGACUCUGUUCAACUUCUGUCUUCUUGUAAGACUUCCCUCCCACAAAAGUUUGCAUCAAGCAUGCUUGUACAGUCAGAAAAGCCUGUUGUCGGUCCUUUAUUCAAAUCAGGGGGAGCUGAUUCGCAAAAAUUGAGUGUCGCAGCAAAAUUUAAGGGUCAACUAUUCCAGCUAAUGCAACGUCUGGAAAGCACAACGCCCCAUUUUAUCAGAUGCAUUAAACCAAACAACUUGCAGUCUCCUGGAAUAUACGAACAAGGACUUGUACUACAACAACUAAGAUGUUGUGGUGUCCUUGAAGUAGUUAGAAUUUCAAGGUCGGGCUUUCCUACCCGAAUGACACACCAGAAGUUUGCCAGAAGGUAUGGCUUUCUUCUUCUGGAGAGUGUUGCAUCUCAAGAUCCGUUGAGUGUUUCAGUUGCAAUUCUUCAUCAGUUCAAUAUCCUACCUGAUUUGUAUCAAGUUGGUUACACAAAACUAUUCUUCCGAACAGGACAGAUUGGAGUGCUUGAGGACACAAGAAAUCGGACGCUUCAUGGCAUUUUACGUGUUCAAAGCUGUUUCAGAGGGUACAAGGCUCGGUGCCUUGUGAAAGAAACUGAAAGAGGAAUUUGCACACUUCAGUCAUUCAUUCGCGGUGAGAAAACCAGGAAGGAAUUUGCAGUCUUACUUAGGAGACAGAGAGCUGCCAUAACUAUACAGAAACAAAUAAAGGGUCAGAUUACGAGAAAACAAUUCUUGGAAGCAACUGAUGCAUCGAUAGUGAUACAAUCAGUUAUUCGUGGCUGGCUAGUCAGAAAAUGCUCUGGAAAUAUUGGCUUGCUAAAUUUUGGUGACAAAGCGGGCAAUGAAUCAGAUGAAGUUCUGGUGAAGGCCUCUUACCUUGCAGAGUUGCAGCGACGCGUUCUAAAAGCUGAGGCAGCCCUUAGAGAAAAAGAAGAAGAGAAUGAGAUCCUUCAUCAGAGGUUGCGUCAGUAUGAAAACCGUUGGUCUGAGUACGAAUUGAAAAUGAAGUCUAUGGAAGAAGUUUGGCAGAAACAGAUGAGAUCACUACAAUCUAGCCUUUCUAUUGCGAAGAAAAGCCUUGCAGUAGAUGAUUCAGCCAGGCAUUCUGAUGCAUCAGUAAAUGCAAGUGAUGAGAGAGAAUAUAGUGGUGAUACUGGCGGUGAUGUUACCUUCAGAAGUCAAGAAAGCAACGGGGUUAGGCCUAUGAGUGCUAGUUUGAGUGUGAUUAGUCGGUUGGCAGAGGAGUUUGAGCAGAGAAAACAAGUAUUUGGAGAUGAUGCCAAGUUUUUGGUGGAGGUGAAGUCAGGUCAGGUAGAUGCUUCUCUGAAUCCUGACAGAGAACUGAGAAGGCUUAAACAGAUGUUUGAAUCCUGGAAGAAGGAUUAUGGAGCGAGAUUGCGGGAAACCAAAGUAAUUUUGCAUAAGCUUGAUAGUGAGGAAAGGGUGAGUGACAAAUUAAAGAAGAAAUGGUGGACUAGAAGGAACAGCACACGGUUAGGCUAGAAUUUUAGUUUGUUACAGGAUUGAUUACUGAACUGUGAGGGCUGUCAUGCCAAAAAUUAUAUAAGCCUAUGUAAUUAUGAAAUUGAGUUGGUUCACUGUGCAGCAUAGAUCCUGCCCCUCCCAAAAAAAAAAAAAAAAAAAAAAAAAGGAAAAAAGAAGUGAAGCAUAGAAUUUAAGGUAUAUGUGUAUCAUUUUCGGCUUUUUUUUCCUCUUUCAAAAUUCUUCUUUGUAUGGAACCUGAACUACAGUCAAAAGGCUAUGACACCGAUUUUUGUGUUGUCGUCUUCAGCCAGACGGAUUAGUAGCAGUGAGUUGAAUGUUUCAGCUGACUAUUUUCUAUGGCGAAAAUGUAACUAGGUUUUUUUUGGUGUAUAUAUUUGUUUGGUGUAGUGAAGUUUAUAGUAUUGCUAGCUGCUGCCUGUCAUUUGGAACUAUUGCAUCAUAAACACUGUUACUAUGUUA